CCUUUUGUUCGCUGCGGCGCGGCGCGGCCUCCCCGGCCCAUCGGCCUACGGGCGCCGCCGCCCCCCAUUGGCUGCCGCCGCCGCCACGUGUGCCUUGCCUGAGCCGAGGCCGCGCGCCCAUUGGCCGCCGGCGGUGGGGCGCGGCCGCGCGGCCUUGUGGGAGUCGUAGUUGCGCCCCUCGCUCCCACCCCCUCCACCCCCCACCCCCGGCGCGACCCCGAGCCCUCGGGUCGAAGCCGCUGACGUCAGGGAGCAAGGGGCUGCCGUCACGCCGCCGUCACGCUCUGCGUCGCCCGCCGCCCCGGGUAGCGAGAGGGGAGGCCGCCCCGGAGGGGCCCCACGCCGCCCCGCCUGCACCUGCUCCCGCCGGCGCCGUUCGGCCCGGGCACCCCGCACACCGCCCUCUCCCCACGGACACCGGCAGCGGGGCAGACCCGGGCGUGCCCUCCCCAGCGCUGGGGCGUCGUAACUGCCGGGCGGGAGGCGCCCCGUGGUGCCGGCCGCGGGGAGCGGAGUGGCAGAGAGCAGCCCUGCUCGGGAGCUGAGCAUCACCGGCAUGCCUCGCAUCACCGGCACGAGCACACGAUCCCCAGGAUUGUGGCAAACAGGUGCUCUCACCUGCACAGGGCAGCGGAACGCGUACGGAUCAGAGACACGAGUCAGAAAAAGAGAUGUUUCUGAGGCUCUGUGAGGCCUCGGGCAGGACGCAGCCGCCCCACCUCCCUGUCCCCUGUGAGCUUAGUAACAACCUUCUAACGGCAGCCUCUUCUGCCUGCCAGAAAUGAUCAUCGCACGUUCAUUUUUUCCCUGGUAUUUCCAACCUGUGACUAAAGCGCACAUCAGCGCCGCUGAAGGGCAGCACCCCAGGGUGGUCUCUCUGAUGAGAGUGAUGGCCAGAGAUGAGCCCCGCUGUGUCCCCCGUGACACUGUCACCAGCCUGGAGCACAGGCCUGCAACGACCACCACACGGGGGGGACUGGAUGACAUAGGCAUGGUGCUGCCCAUCUUGUUGGGGAGAGCGUGUCACACUGGUGGCUCCAGCAGGCAAAGUCUCCAUAGAAAACAGUUACCAAAAGCUUAGUAAGUCUCAAAUUCCCGGCCUGACUCCCUGGGGACAGGGGUGUGUCACGCUGGCCUCCCACUCCAGGGCUCAGCUGGUGUUUGUCUCGGCACCGUGUGGGACACCCCACCCCGCCUCCUUCCUACACUGCGUGUCUGUGCGGCUGCUCCAGCCCUGCCCCAGGAGCCACGGGGGCAAGGACAGGCCUCGUCUCCCCCAAGCUGCAUCCAGAACCCAGCAGCAGCACUGAUUGUACCCGUGGUGAAGUUAAAUCUUCCAGGCUCGGAGCAGCCUUUCUGAGCAUCAUGGACACACCGCACCCACUCUGAGUCACUCGGCAGGAGCAAAUUGCUUCAAACAUCAACCUUGGCAGGGUCUCACCCAAGGCUGAAAUAAAGCCAAGACUAAAGUCAUUGAUAGGAGAGAACCAGCGGCAUCUGUCAUUCAUCACUUGUUUGUCCAGGACUGGACGCUGCAGUGAUGAAACCGGUACCACGGGCUGCCAGCAAACACCAAAAAGCACUGGAUAUGCUCACUCCAGGCAGAGGCGGAGGGCUGCCCCGGCAGAGCCCCCGCGGGAGGCGCGGGCUCGUGACCCGGCUGAGCGGAGGAACCCGUCGGGCCUGACGUUCAGCAGCAACCGAAGGCGUUCACGCCGUCGCUCUCGCAGGGCGGUUUUACCAAGCGCCUGCGCUCCCACACCCCCGGCUUUGGCACCGCGGCUGCGAGAACGACACCGCAACGGGCGCCAGGCCCUCCGCCGGCCGGGGGGCGCGGAGCGGGCGCGGGCAGCCCCGCACGGGGACUCCGCGCACCUUUUGGCGGAAAACGCGCGUUUUCCUCCCGUUCCGAGCAGCGCGGCCCCUCCCCGCGCACCUCGCUAUGGCCGCCCACGCGUAGCCUACUCACACCGCACCCCUGCCCGGCCCGCCCCGCGCUGAUGUCCCCCGCACCGCCCUGCGGUGCGCCCCCCCACCCCCCGUACCCCACCGCGCACGGGCAGCGGGGCGGCGCGGGAAAUCCCGCCGGGGCGCGGGAAACCUCCCCCGGCGCGCCACCGCGACGUCACGGCCUGGGCGGGGCUUGGCGCCGCGCCGGAAGUGGGGCCGUUGCCCGGCAGCGGUUGCCAGGCGACGGCGGCGGCGGGCCGGCCAUGGCGGCGGACGCGGUGCCGGCCGGCACCUUCCCCAGCUUCAUGGCCGAGGGGACGCUGCUGUGCCGGCGGGGCGAGCACGACAAGGCCCUGGCCUGCUUCAACAACGCACUGAAACUGAGAGCAGGAGACAAGCACUGUCUGGCUGCCCGCUCGAAAUGUUACCUGAAACUUGGAGACACAGAAAAUUCCCUGAAAGAUGCUGAAGCUUCUCUCCAAAAUGACAAAACAUUCUCCAAGGGACUUUACCAAAAAGCUGAGGCAUUAUAUACCAUGGGUGAUUUUGAAUUUGCAUUAGUGUUUUAUCAUCGAGGCUACAGACUACGUCCAGACCUACAGAAGUUCAAGCUGGGUAUCGAGAAAUCCCAGGAGGCCAUUGUCAACUGCAUUGGAAGUCCAUCCUCAGUUAAACUGGAGAAUAGAGAGGAUCUGUGCUUCAUAAGCAGGCAGGCAGAGAGCAAAAAAGAAAAUCAGAAACUCCAAAUCAAACUGACUAAGGAUCAAAAAUGGACAAGGAAAGAGGGGCCUGCGAGGAAUCCAAAAACAGAGCGAGAGCUUCUUGGAGAACUUUAUGCUGACAAGGCCUACCUAGAAAAGCUGCUCAAGGACAAAGAUCUGAUGGCGAGCAGCACAAAGCAGGGGACCAAAGUAGCAGACCUGGUUCUGAGUGGCAUUUCCUACCUGGACACGCGCGGUGAAUUCUGGCAGCAGCAGAAGCCUAUUUAUGCCCGUGUGAGAGAGCACAAGCUCAGGCAGCAAAGAUGGAUCCGGGACAAGAAACAAAAACCAGCUGAGGUUGCCAGAUACAUUGUGAAGAGCAUGGAGGACAUCAAUAUGUUGCUGACCGGCGACUGCCCUGAAGAAAGCUGCAAGAAAGCUGAGCGAGUGCUAAAAACAAUACAAGGGUGGUCAGAUGAUGAAGUUCCCAACAAGAAUCAACUGAUUGGAAACCUCCACAGCUGCAUUGGGAAUGCUCAGUUAGAGAUGGGCCAGAUGGAGGCAGCUCUGCAAAGCCAUAAAAUGGAUCUGGAAUUUGCCAGGCAGAACCUGAAGUCAAGUGGAACGCCAAAGAAAAUCUAUAAAGCUGAAGGAAGCGUAGACUGUAUCGGGAACAAGACUAUGUCAGCUACUAUGAGUUCUUUUUCUUUUCAAUGCAGCGACCUGCCGGACACCGUAUCCCGGGCCCUCGAUAACAUUGGCAGAGUUUAUGCCAGAAUGGGCAAAUUCCAGCAAGCUAUUGACACCUGGGAAGAGAAGAUUCCAAUGGCAAAGUCGAGCCUGGAGAAGACCUGGCUGUUCCAUGAAAUUGGCCGAUGUUACCUUGAGCUGAAUAAAGCUGAACCAGCCCAAAAUUACGGAGAGAAGUCCCUGCAGUCAGCAGGUGAAGAGGGAGAUGUUGAGUGGCAACUCCAUGCUACGGUACUGGUGGCACAAGCACAAGUAAAAUUAAAGGAUUACCGGUCUGCGAUCAUGAGCUUUGAAAAAGCACUUGAGAAGGCAAAGCUUAUUCACGAUGAAGCUGCUCAAAAGACCAUCAUUAUUGCCUUAGAUGAUGCGAGCAGAAGUUUCAUCGAAGAGCUGAACAAAAGAAGAGAAGAAACAACAGUUUACUCCCUUAAAGAUGAUGGUUUUGGCGGUGAAAACGCGAAAGACAACGAGGAGAAGGAGCGGGAGCAGGACGCGGGGAAGCGAGAAGCUGAAAAGCAAAGCGGCGGCGCCGGGAGCUUCGGGGGGGAGCCGGGCAGCGGGAGAGGCGGGGGGCAGCAGGGCGGGAGCGAGGGGGUUGCGGGGGGCAGGGGGAGGAGAGCCGGGAGGCAGCAAUAGAUGAUGAACCCAGCGGUGCCC